UUUAUAUUAACAAUAUCUGAAUGAAUUGUGAUAGAGAGUGUUACUUUGCAAAAUGACGUAUGAUGCUUUUCGUGUUAACGACGGGCCAACCCAACACAGUGCCCAUUUUUAUCCUGUAACUGCAGAUGUUCUUGAAGCAGGUUUUAUUCUAGCAUUUUGCAUUCUUGGAAUUUCAUUUUUCUUGGUUGUUCCAGGAUUCCCCGGAAUCAAGAGACUUUACUUCCUUAUUCGAGUUGCAGUUGGCUUAUUUAUCGGAUCUGCUAUUUUACUUGGUGUCAUUGGGCAGGAAUGGGAAUUGGCGGAAAUCGAAACAAAGACACCCUACAAAGUAUUUUCAACGACUGAAAUCAACGCCACAGUGGGAGCUAAAAUUGGUCUUGGAUCUGUUAACAUUACAUUGAAAGGCCAUCCAGUGGAACAAUUAGUAGACCAGACUCAUCUUGUGGAGAAUAAUACUUAUUGGAUAGAACGUAUCGAUUACAACGAACGAUUCCAUUGGGCCUGGAGACAAGGACGUUUUGGAUUUGGACCAUAUUCGGGGCGAAUAAAUCAAGAGUUUCGUCAGGCGCAAUAUAAAGGACUACCAAUUCCGAUUUUGUGGGUUGCGGAAUAUUUUACUCUUGACGGAGAACUGAUCAGAUGGGGAAGAUCAUAUAGAACUGCUGGAUGGUACACCUAUCAAGUAUUAUGGACUGCGUUUCCUCUCUGGAUAAUUUCGAAUAUAUUAUCUGUAAUGUGUUUAUCUUAUUGUGGAGUAGUUUUCAUGAUGACUGGAGGUUGCAUGCUUACAAGCAUUAUAAUCUAUUCUACUAUACGUUGGGGAACACAGCCGUUGGUGAUACCGUUUGAACAUGGAUCGUUAGAAUUUCAUUAUGGUUCUUCGUUUUGGCUGACUAUGGUUGGAGGUGCUGUGGCAUUUCUGUACGGUUUUAUUAUUUGGUGCAUGGACAAAUGGGCCGCACAAGUAAUCUCCGAUUUUUUCGACAUUGACGUAUUGAGAGACACUGAAUAUUUUUACCAGAGAGAAGAAGUGAAUAAGGAAGAACCACAAAUGGGUGAACGAAGUACAGCACAUACCGGAGGAGUUGCCAAACGAAUUAAUCGGGCCCAGUCAAGAUGGAGUAAUAACACGAUAUCUCGAACACUGGCUAAGAAGAGUCGUCGCACUCCAAGACAACACAGUCAUUCUCACGUACACCCAUCAGACGCCCCUACGUUCAGUGCCUUGUCGUCAGCAGAAGAUGACAGAGAAGAUAACCCAGAAGAAAUAUAUGAAAACGAGAGUGCAAUACGGGAGAAUGAAGCGAUGGCUUAACCGCUCAAACUAUGAUAACAAAGAUUUUUGAUAUUUCAUGUUGCGAACAUUUUUCUGAAAAUAGCUACUGUCCUGUUACGUUAAUUAUAUUUAAAUAAUAUUGAUUCAUGCCCACAGAAAUAUUCAUCAUACCUACUUUAAUCGCAUGGUAAUUCAAUAUUUCAACCUUUCCUCAAUUUCCACACAUAGUUAGAGUACCAAUAUAUCUGUUUUCGAUUUUUUUGUGGUUUGGUGUUGUCUGGAAUCUGGAAAGAGGUAAUAUUUUUAUCAAACACUUUUUUCACAAAACUGAAUACAUUGUAAUGAAAUUUCACAAAUACAGCAUUCCUAAUGAAACGUACAGUGUAAAAAUCUUUGUACAGAAUUAACAUUGUCUGAUCAUUUUUGAUCUUAUUUCUUUUCAACUAAUAACUAAUCGAUUAUUGUAUUUCCAGUUGAUCAAGAUAAACGUGAUUACUAAAAGACUAAUUAUAUUUAUUUGUAUAUAAAUUCUCUCUUCCUUCUGGUAGACCUGCUGUUGUAGCCAAAAUUUCUCUGAUAUUUGAUAAAUUGCGCCAAUACGUAAGUGUCCAGAUGAAUGAGUGCUCAACAACCUUCACGUCCAUAGACUUUUCCAUUGCUCUCUUGCUUAUAUAAAUCAACAUAGA